GAGAGACCCGUCUCCGCCUCAUCCACGGCUCCGCCACGAUGCUCGCGACCGCCGCCCCGCGCCUCCGCGCCGCCGCGGCCGGCCUCUCGCUGCCGGCGCCUGUGAGGGCGCGGUUCGUGGGUCUCCCGAUCAGGCGUCCGGCCCUCCACGCGUCGCUGCGCCUGCGGGCCUCGGCGGCGGCGGCCCCGCCGGCGAAGGAAGGGGCGGAGGAGAUGGGGUUCCAGGAGAUGGCGGCCGGGACGCGGAGGCGGUACUACAUGCUCGGGGGGAAGGGUGGGGUCGGGAAGACGAGCUGCGCGGCGUCGCUGGCCGUGCGCUUCGCCAACAACGGGCACCCCACCCUCGUCGUCUCCACCGACCCUGCGCACUCCCUCAGCGACUCCUUCGCUCAGGAUUUGAGCGGCGGGGCGCUCGUGCAGGUGGAGGGGCCUGAGGCGCCACUGUUUGCGCUUGAGAUAAAUCCUGAGAAGGCUCGUGAAGAGUUUCGGACAGCAACUCAGAAGAAUGGAGGGACUGGGGUAAAGGAUUUCAUGGACGGCAUGGGACUGGGAAUGCUUGCUGAGCAGCUUGGGGAGUUAAAACUGGGGGAAUUAUUGGACACACCACCGCCAGGAUUGGAUGAAGCGAUAGCAAUUUCAAAGGUAAUUCAAUUUCUUGAAGCACAAGAGUACAGCAUGUUUAGCCGCAUUGUUUUUGACACUGCUCCAACGGGCCAUACACUCCGUUUACUAUCCUUGCCAGAUUUCUUGGAUGCAUCUAUUGGGAAGAUCUUGAAGCUUAGGAGCAAGAUUGCAUCUGCAACAUCAGCUAUUAAAUCAGUUUUUGGACAAGAAGUACAACAGCAGGAUGCAGCGAACAAAUUGGAGCAGCUAAGAGAAAGGAUGGUCAAAGUGCGAGAGCUUUUCCGUGACACAGAAUCAACGGAAUUUAUAAUCGUGACAAUUCCAACAGUGAUGGCAAUAAGUGAAUCAGCAAGACUACAUUUAUCCCUCAAGAAGGAAAGUGUUCCUGUUAAGAGACUCAUUGUUAAUCAAAUUCUACCACCUUCAUCAUCAGACUGUAAAUUCUGUGCUAUAAAAAGGAAGGAUCAAACACGUGCUUUGGAUGUGAUAAGAAAUGAUCCAGAGCUAAUGGGGCUGAACAUAAUCCAAGCACCUCUUGUGGACAUGGAAAUAAGAGGUGUUCCUGCUCUUAAGUUUUUGGGCGAUAUAGUGUGGAAGUAACUUCAGGAAAUAGGACAACUUCAUCGCACCUGCUCAGCUGUGUCACCAUUACAUUACUGAAGUGCUUUGCAAUUUGCAAAGUUUGGAAACUGCAAGUGGCAUGGAUAGAGCGAGAAUGAAAGUGUGCAACUUAGCAGAUGCCCAACCUUCUGUGAGUAUUCAGUACACUGGAGGGUUUACUGGAUUAGCCUAGGGUGAUUACACUUGAGGAGAUUGCAUCGAGCUGCACUAAUAAUAACAAAUCAAUUGAGCCAUAUGUACGGAUAUACCAGUGAUAUUUGUACUUCUUUAUCUGUACAUAUAGGAGCGAUCCUGGGAUUUUUGAGGCCAUAACUCGGUAAGAAAUUAAUUUUGUUCGUGCAUCAUGUAAA